AUGACCCAGGCGGAGAAGGGGGACGCGGAAAACGGGAAGGAGAAGGGCGGGGAGAAGGAGAAGGAGCAGCGCGGGGUGAAGCGGCCCAUCGUGCCCGCGCAGGUGCCCGAGUCGCUGCAGGAGCAAAUCCAGAGCAACUUCAUUGUUGUCAUACAUCCGGGUUCAACAACCUUAAGGAUUGGUCGAGCCACAGACACACUUCCUAUCAGCAUUCCUCAUGUCAUUGCGCGAAGACACAAGCAACAAGGGCAACCCUUGUACAGAGACAACUGGCUCCUAAGGGAAGGACUGAAUAAACCUGAAAGUAACGAACAAAGACAAAAUGGUCUUAAAAUGGUGGAUCAAGCGAUAUGGUCUAAAAAGAUGUCAAAUGGUACAAGACGGAUUCCUGUGUCCCCUGAACAGGCACGCUCCUACAACAAGCAGAUGAGACCUGCAAUUUUAGAUCACUGUUCUGGAAAUAAAUGGACAAACACAUCUCAUCACCCUGAAUUUUUGGUAGGAGAAGAGGCCUUGUAUGUUAAUCCACUGGACUGUUACAAUAUCCACUGGCCUAUUAGAAGAGGGCAGUUAAAUACUCACCCAGGACCUGGGGGCUCCCUUACAGCUGUUCUGGCAGACAUUGAAGUAAUAUGGUCUCAUGCAAUACAAAAAUACCUGGAAAUUCCAUUGAAAGAUUUAAAGUAUUAUAGGUGUAUCUUGUUAAUUCCUGAUAUUUAUAAUAAGCAGCAUGUGAAAGAAUUAGUGAAUAUGAUCCUAAUGAAGAUGGGUUUCUCAGGGAUUGUGGUCCAUCAGGAGUCUGUGUGUGCCACUUUUGGAAGUGGUUUAAGCAGCACGUGUAUUGUAGAUGUUGGGGACCAGAAGACAAGUGUAUGCUGUGUGGAGGAUGGAGUUUCUCAUCGGAAUACUCGACUCUGUCUGGCAUAUGGAGGGUCUGACGUAUCAAGAUGUUUUUACUGGCUGAUGCAGCGAGCUGGAUUCCCUUAUAGAGAAUGCCAAUUGACAAAUAAAAUGGAUUGCCUUCUUCUGCAGCACCUAAAGGAAACUUUCUGUCAUUUGGAUCAGGACAUCUCUGGGCUUCAAGACCAUGAGUUUCAGAUUCGGCAUCCAGAUUCACCUGCCCUGCUUUACCAGUUUCGAUUGGGAGAUGAAAAACUCCAGGCUCCAAUGGCUUUGUUUUAUCCAGCAACCUUUGGAAUCGUUGGACAAAAAAUGACGACUCUGCAGCACAGGUCCCAGGGUGACCCCGAGGACCCUCAUGAUGAACACUACCUGCUGGCCACACAGAGCAAGCAAGAGCAGUCUGCAAAAGCUACUGCUGAUCGCAAGUCUGCAUCCAAGCCCAUUGGAUUUGAAGGGGAUCUUCGUGGGCAGACCUCGGAUCUUCCAGAAAGACUCCAUUCCCAGGAGGUGGAUUUGGGGUCCUCCCAGGCAGACUGUCUGAUGGCUGGCAAUGACUCCGAGGAGGCCCUCACCGCGCUGAUGUCCAGGAAGACUGCCAUCUCGCUGUUUGAAGGGAAAGCCCUAGGCCUGGACAAAGCCAUCCUUCACAGCAUAGACUGCUGUUCAUCUGAUGACACCAAAAAGAAAAUGUACAGUUCCAUCCUGGUGGUGGGAGGUGGCCUGAUGUUUCAUAAAGCACAAGAAUUUCUGCAGCACAGAAUUCUCAACAAAAUGCCGCCUUCCUUCAGGCGAAUUAUUGAAAACGUAGAAGUCAUCACAAGGCCCAAGGACAUGGAUCCUCGGCUGAUCGCAUGGAAAGGGGGCGCAGUGCUGGCUUGUUUGGAUACGACACAGGAACUGUGGAUCUACCAGCGAGAAUGGCAGCGCUUUGGUGUCCGCAUGUUACGAGAGCGAGCUGCCUUCGUAUGGUGA